UAUAUAAAAGUGCGAGUUAUACGAUUAAAUUGAUUGAAUAAAAAAAAAAAAUAUAUUAAGAUUUUAUCCGUAUUUAUAAGAAAAUGGCUGGAGAAGUUAUUGUCGAUGCAUUGCCCUAUAUAGAUCAAGGAUAUGAUGAACCUGGUGUCAGAGAAGCGUUUUACUAUGGAUAUGAACAAGUUUGUAUUUGGUAUUUAGAGGAUGUAUCCUUUACUCGCUCAAUUUCAGGCUUUGGCAAUGGUUGAAGAAGAGACGAGACGAUAUAGACCGACCAAAAAUUAUUUGGAGCAUUUAUCUCAUUUAAAUAUUAAUGCAUUUGAAACUGAUGUAAUGAAGCAUGAGUUUGAAAGAAUGCAGAAUCGUUUACCUAUGGAAGUUCUCAGUAUGAAACGUUAUGAAUUACCACCACCGCCGCCUGGUAAAAUGAACGAUUUGACAGCUUGGAAUGAGAGCGUAGAAAAUAGCAGUGCACAAUUAGAACAUCAAGCAACUAGGAUAUGUAAUUUAGAAUUAAUGAUGGAAUAUGGUUGUGAAGCUUGGAGGUCUUACUUAGAAAUAUUAGUUCAAUUAGUUAGUCAAGGACAAAAACAAUUACAGACUUUAAGAAAGAAAAUACAAGAAGUUAAUUGGCAAAGAAAAUCUAUGCAAACGCAAGGAGGAGAAAAGUUAAGAGCAUUGGAAGCUCAAUGGGUUGGUUUAGUUUCAAAGAAUUAUGAGAUUGAACAGGCAUGUGUACAUAUCGAAGAGGAAAUACAUAAAACUAUAAUGAACAAAGAAGAAAUAAUAGAAAUAAAUCAUGUACCAGGAGAUGAAGAACCAGCUGUUCCAGGAAAAAGUGCUACGGACGUUAUGGCAAUGGAAAUGAAUCUCGCUGAAAAUCAACCAAUAUAAUAUCUUUUGUUUAAAUAAAUAAGUAUAAGUAUAAAGAAAAAAAACUUGUUUUCUUUGUAAAAUUUUGCAUUGUAAAUUAUGAGAUAUCCUAAUGAUAAAUAAAGCACAAUUUAUUUAA